AUGACAGUAGAAGAAUUACACGACGAAGUUAGUGCCAUUGAUGCGAUAUUCCCCGAUUCUACAUCAGAAGUUGCACCUCAGGUCUAUAAUUUGAAAAUUCCACAGCACGAUGAUUUGGAAAUUCAAAUGAGCUUCCUGGAGAACUACCCCGAUGAAAUACCCACUGUUAUCCAGAUCCUUAAUAACAAUACAAGAAAGUAUGCGGAUAAAAACUAUUUGGAAACUCAAGUUAAGGAGACGCUUUCGAGGAUAUUCCAUAAAGGGGAAGUCUGCAUUUUUGAAAUGUUCACAGAAUUAGAGGAUCUUCUUGAGAAAUACUUAAAUAAGAACGUAAAAAACGAUAUACAGAAAGAUAUGGAUGAACUAAAAAUCACUGGAGAUACUACAGAGGAGAAGGAGUUAGCAAAUAAUAAGACCCCAACGAUAAAAUGUCCUUCCGUGCAAGCAAAUUCUAAGACAGUUGUCAUAGAUCCUUUGGAAGGGUGGAUUCAAUCCGAUCCGAUAAUAGAUAGGGGAUCCACCUUCAUUGGAUAUGCGCGAAGAGUGGAUUCAGUUGAGGAAGCAGUAGGGUAUUUAGAUCUUUUGGUCACGGAUAAGAAGAUUGCCAAAUCGGCUCACAAUAUAAGUAGUUGGAGAAUCAAGAAAGAGAAUGGAACUCAAUACCAAGAUUGUGACGACGAUGGCGAAACAGCUGCAGGAGGAAGGGUACUACAUUUAUUAACAAUGAUGGAUGCAUGGAAUGUAAUAGUGGUCGUUAGUAGGUGGUUUGGAGGUACCCACAUAGGACCCGAUAGAUUCAAGCAUAUUAACACAGCUGCCAGGGAUGCAGUUGUUAAAGGAGGAUUUGUCAAUCCUAAUGUACAGAGUAAUAAUGCAAAUAAUGUGAGGAAGAAGAAAAAAUGA